AUGAACACAAAAGCAGUGCAAGUUAUGGCAUUGUUUCUCUUCCUUCUUGCAUGGUUUCCUAGUGGCUCCUAUGGCCAAGCGGGUGGGUGGCGCCCUGCACAUGCCACAUUCUAUGGUGGUCCUGAUGCUGCUGGCACAAUGGGGGGAGCAUGCGGAUAUGGAAACUUGUUUGCCCAAGGGUAUGGAAAAAACACAGCAGCGUUAAGCACUGCCCUUUACAACGGUGGGCUAUCAUGUGGUGCAUGUUUCCAAGUUAUGUGUCGCGAUGACCCACAGUGGUGCAUCCGUGGUGGAAGCGUCACAGUCACUGCAACAAACUAUUGUCCUCCCAAUGCCUCUCCCUCCAAUGGCCCUGGUUGGUGCAACCCCCCUUUGCAACACUUCGAUUUGUCAGAGCCAGCGUUCCUACAAAUUGCUCAAUACCGUGCUGGAAUCGUUCCUGUCUACUUCAGAAGGGUGACAUGCGUGAAGAGCGGAGGAAUAAGGUUCACAAUAACAGGGAAUAGAUACUUCAAUUUGGUGUUGGUAACAAAUGUGGGAGGAGCAGGAGAUGUAAAAGCAUUGUCAGUGAUGGUAGCUCCAUCAAGUGAAUGGAUGCCAGCGAGAAGAAACUGGGGUCAGAAUUGGCAGCUUAAUGUGCCUCUGGUUGGUAGUAGCCUCUCUUUCAUGGUCACAACCAGUGAUGGUCGAUCAGUAGCUAGUUACAAUGUUAUGCCUUCUAAUUGGCAAUUUGGUGUGACCUAUGAAGGUCGUGCUCAAUUUUAA